GAGGAGCGGCAGCAGGAGCAGGCCGCCGACGCUGUCUCCGGGGCGGAGGGGCACUCAUUCGCUGGGGCAAGAGGAGUUCGGGGGAGUGGGCGGCUGAGGCGAGCCUCGACGGUGGGGGAGAAAUCGGCGCCGUGCCUGUUUGCUUGUGAGCAAAGUGAGGAGCGGCUCAGGCCAUUACCGUUAUUGCUGCCCAGCCCCUCAGUGGCCUGAAAUGCAUCAUUUUGAAGAGGAAUUGACUUGUUCUAUUUGCUACGGUAUAUUUGAUGAUCCUCGUGUACUGCCAUGUUCUCAUACAUUUUGUAGAAACUGUUUGGAAAGUAUUCUUCAGAUAUCAAGCAAUUUUUCCAUAUGGCGACCCCUAAGGCUUCCACUGAAGUGUCCCAACUGUAGAAGUAUUGUUGAAAUUCCUCCAUCUGGUACAGACUCUUUGCCAGUAAACUUUGCAUUAAAGGCUAUUAUUGAAAAGUAUCAACAAGAUGAUCAUCCUGAAGUUGCUACCUGCAGCGAGCAUUAUAGACAGCCACUAAAUAUUUACUGUCUUCUAGACAGAAAACUUGUGUGUGGCCAUUGUCUUACAAUAGGAGAACAUCAUGGCCAUCCUAUAGAUGACCUACAAAGUGCCUAUAUGAAAGAAAAGGAAACUCCUGGAAAACUGCUUGAGCAGUUGACAGAUAAACAUUGGAGUGAAGUUUGUUUGCUUAUUCAAAACCUUGAGGAACAGAAAGCUCAAUGUGGGAGUAUUGUUCAGGAAGAUAAAAAAACACUUUUGCAAUAUUUUAAGAGACUCAGUGAUGCACUUGAUCAGAAAAAACAAGCUUUACUUGCAGCUCUUGAUGAUGUAAAUAUGCAGAUUGAGGCAGAAUAUGAACCUCUCAUAGAAACGUUGAAAGGAAUACUAGAAGAGCAACUUGAGCUAAUGUCACUGAAUACAUCAUUUCAGGAGGAGGAGUCUCCUCUUCUUUUUCUGGAGAAAGUGGAGGAAAUACGUCAGCGUGUUAAAACUUUGAGGGAAAAACCAUUACCAAUGAUUAAGCCUGUUGAAAUCCAUCCUCGAAUAGGACAGGUGUUAAAAGAUGUGUGGAGCAAAGUUGAAAUUAAUCAGAUUAACAAAAUUCUCAUUCCCAAAAUAAAGCUAAUUUCAAAACGAAAAAUAUAUAGCCAGGAUUGUGACAAUGAGAUUAGACAAUCUAAAAAAUCUUUCUGGUCCUUAAAUCCUUUGGCAACUAUAUUACUUUCUUUUAUUUUUCUUACUGUUGUUUUUCACCAACAUAUAUUAACAUUCAUAAAUGAAAUAGCUUUUCCAUAUAUUUUUGGUGCCUUGCAGAUAAUUUAUCAAGACUUAAGUAAAAGGUUGCACAUAGCAGUGGAAAACACUCUGAUACACCCCUGAUCUAGUUGAAUAAUUUCUUUGUCCUUUUGAUAGCAACUUUUUGCCCUGCUAAGAAUAAUAUCUGAAUUCUUAGGGAUUUCAUUUUAGUUUGAUGUUAAAUUAAGUAUGAGUUGAUACCAACAUCUGUUGUCAGGUGUGACAGGAUGAAAUACCUAGCAUUGCAAAGAGGCCAGUAACAGCCUGCGCUGUGGGGAUGAAUGUUCAAUUCAGUUUUCAAAAUGCAUGCAAAGGUGAUCUCUUGCCUACAGAAGAUCAUGUAAAGGUUGUGUGAGAAUCAAGAUGGAGUUUGGCUUGACUUGCUAGUUUACUCUGGUCACAUCUUUGUUGUCUUCACAUCCAUAAUUUUUAUAAACUAUUGAUAAACAAAAUACAAUGCUAAUUAUCCUAAUACAGUCGGUUUCCCUGUUGGAAACAAAUAUCAGACUAAAUAUUUUGAAGUGUUUCCUUCUGGAAAAGGAAGUUCUUAGAUGAAACAGCAUCUCACAACUGCUAGUCAAUUCUAACGUUUCAAAUAGUAUGCUGGGAAAGAUGAAAAAAUUAAUUUUUCUUGACUCAGAUUAUCUUGGAUGAGUAGGGAAACAGGUUAUAUUUCUAGUCUUAGCACUUAAAAUUUAUAUUACUUUAUUUCAGUUUCCAUAAAGCUUACAGUUCUUUAAGGAUCACAUUUUGCGAUAAAUCUCCCAUGGCUUCUAGUUUUAGUUCCAGAGAUUAGAGCGUGUCACUUCAAACAAAAGCACUGCAGUACUUUUCUAACAGUGAUCUUAUAAGUGCUUCCUAUUUUACAUAUAUACUUCACUGAGGCCUUCAUUUUUUUGGAAGACAGUAGAGUAAUGUUAAUUGGCAGUGAGGGAGAUAACCAUUCCAGUACAUAAACCUGGCAUUAUCUGGCAGGGUUAUGAUAAGUUGCAGGAAGAGGGUUUCUACUUUUUAAAAUGGAAUUGUGAUUAAUAGUGCACUGAUCCUAGUGGUUUCCAAUUUAUGCAGAUAGCAGUGAAAAUGCUUAAAUGACCAAAAGCAGCAGAGCCUAUCAACUAUCAAAGAAUAGUUUGUGGAGUUUAAUGGGUUUGCUGUAAAGAUCAAUGGACUUCUUUAACAUGCUUUCACUUGCAAAAAUACAUUUAACUGUUACCACAUAAAAUGAAACAAUUGGUAGAAAUAUAUAUAAAGUAUAACUGGUUUCAGAAUAAAUAUUGCCAUCAUCCUUAACUGUAGUUGGUUCAAUAUAAACUUAAAACACAAGAGCCUGGUAGAAAAUAUAUUUUAAAUAAUGUAGUAGCCUCUUUUCUGUUAGUCAUACCAUAUAUGGUUUAUAGCAGUUGCAUGAUAAUCAGGGGGAGUAGUUUUUUGGAAUUUGUUAUCUCCAUCCUCAAUAUUCUAUCUCAUUAUUCAACUAUAUUCAACUUCAUGCUUUUAAAUUUUAAAAUUUGUAAUGGGUUUUUCAAGUUUCAGAUUUCAGAAUUUGUACUUUUCAUUAAUAAAAUAAUUUAAUGUUGAUGUUAGCUAGAAUUGUAUUCAUAGUUAUAUUUCUGAAGCUAUUUUAAAUAAAUACAAGAAAAUAAACUGCU